AGUUAAGACACAGAUUAAUGAAAAAGAAUAAUAGGGAGGACAGGACAAGAAUUCCCUCUUAAAUCAGUGAUUCAUCAUCAUCACUGCAUCUUCAUUCACUCAAACUCCACCCUCUGUAUCCAUGGCUCCUCUUCUUCUUCUUCUUCUUCAAUUCCUCUUCUUGAUAGCCUUACCCUGCCAAACUUCGGCUGAUCAGACAGCUAAGACUUACAUCGUCAGAGUAGACAGUUCAUCCAAGCCGUCUGUUUUCCCGACGCAUUACCACUGGUACACCGCCCAGUUCACUGAGCCCACCACCAUUCUCCACGUUUACGACACUGUUUUCCAUGGCUUUUCCGCCGUUUUAACUCCGUCCCAAGCCGCUUCGGUUAUCCAGCACCCCUCAGUCCUUGCCGCAUUUGAAGACCGCCGCCGACACCUGCACACCACUCGUUCCCCACAGUUCCUGGGUCUGCGCAAUCAACACGGGCUGUGGUCGGAAUCCGAUUAUGGUUCUGAUGUUAUUAUAGGAGUUUUUGACACCGGGAUUUGGCCGGAGCGCCGUAGCUUCUCCGACCUGAAUCUGGGGCCCGUGCCGCAACGCUGGAGAGGAACAUGUGAAACAGGUGUGAAGUUCAGUAUAAAAAACUGUAACAGAAAAAUCAUUGGCGCGAGGUUCUUCUCCAAAGGACAUGAGGCCGGCGCUUCAGGGUUCGGCGGAAUUAACGAGACGAUUGAAUUCAAGUCGCCUAGGGAUGCCGAUGGGCAUGGCACCCACACUGCAUCAACCGCUGCCGGGAGACACGCUUUCAGGGCGAGCAUGGAGGGCUACGCUCCAGGAAUCGCAAAAGGGGUGGCGCCGAAAGCUCGUUUGGCGGUUUAUAAAGUGUGCUGGAAGAACGCAGGCUGCUUCGACUCUGAUAUUUUAGCGGCCUUUGACGCCGCCGCCAAUGAUGGUGUUGAUAUAAUCUCAAUCUCAAUCGGAGGUAGCGACGGUAUUUCCUCGCCUUAUUAUCUCGACCCGAUUGCGAUCGGAGCCUACGGCGCCGUUUCUCGGGGAAUUUUCGUCUCUGCUUCAGCUGGAAACGAGGGACCCAGCGGGUUGUCAGUGACAAAUCUCGCUCCUUGGCUCACCACCGUCGGCGCCGGUACAAUUGAUCGUAAUUUCCCUGCAGAAGUAGUUCUCGGAGAUGGGAGGAAAUUUUCCGGCGUAUCCUUGUACGCCGGCGAACCCUUGAAGGGUAAAAUGUAUCCUCUGAUUUAUCCCGGGAAAUCCGGAGGGCUUUCUGCUUCCCUUUGUAUGGAAAAUUCACUUGAUCCUAAAUCAGUGAAAGGCAAAAUCGUGAUCUGUGAUCGCGGCAGCAGCGCGCGUACAGCAAAGGGAUUGGUCGUCAAGAAGGCCGGCGGCGUAGGAAUGAUCCUCGCUAAUGGAGUCUCCAAUGGUGAGGGCUUAGUGGGAGAUGCUCACUUGAUUCCAGCUUGUGCUGUGGGUUCUUCCGAGGGAGAUGAAAUUAAGGCCUAUUUAGCAUCCAAUUCUACUUCAAGUGCAACAAUUAAUUUCCGGGGCACUGAAAUCGGCGUCAAACCAGCUCCGGUGGUGGCUUCAUUUUCCGGCAGGGGCCCAAAUGGGUUGAACCCGGAGAUUCUGAAACCUGAUUUGAUUGCCCCUGGGGUGAACAUCUUAGCAGCCUGGACUGAGGCAGUAGGCCCGACGGGCUUAGAUUCGGAUACCAGAAAAACUGAGUUCAAUAUCUUAUCCGGCACUUCCAUGGCUUGCCCGCAUGUAAGCGGGGCAGCUGCCUUGCUUAAAUCUGCACACCCGGACUGGAGCCCUGCAGCAAUAAGGUCAGCAAUGAUGACCACCGCAAGCUUAAUUGAUAACUCUUUGAACCCAAUGGUUGAUGAAUCCAGUAAAAAACCCGCAACUCCUUAUGAUUACGGCGCCGGUCACUUGAAUCUCGACUUAGCUAUGGAUCCGGGUCUGGUUUAUGACUUGACAGACAACGACUACGUUGGUUUCUUGUGCGCGAUCGAGUAUGGCCCCAAGACUAUUCAGGUGAUCACUCGAUCACAAGUGAGUUGUCCAAUGAGGAAGCCAUUGCUGGAGAAUUUGAAUUACCCAUCAAUCACGGCGAUGUUUCCGAGCAGAUUGACGGGAGUUUCCAGCAAGACGUUUUUUCGGAUGGUGACGAAUGUGGGCGAGGCGAAUGCGGUGUACCACGUCAAGGUUGAGCCACCGAAAGGUGUGAAGGUCAGUGUGAAGCCUGGGAAGCUGGUUUUCUCGGAGACAAUGAGGAGACUAGGUUACUAUGUUACUAUAACAGUGGACAGCAAGAAUCUGGUGUUGGAUGAUUCGGGUGCGGUAUUCGGGUCGCUUUCUUGGGUGGACAGGAAACAUGUGGUUCGGAGUCCCAUUGUGGUUACUCAAACAGAUCCUCUAUAAAUUAGGAAGAAUCUUGUCCGUUGCCUGUUCUUUUUUUUAUUUAUAAUUUUAAAUUCUUAGUUAAUAUUUCUUGAUGGGCUUUCCAAUUAAAUAUAGUAAGAUGGGAGAGCAGGAGAAAGCCUUUUCGUGUUUAAUUAAGUGUGUUUUGGGGGUUUUCUUGAUGGGCUUUCCCUUCCUUCAUUUGCUUCCACCUUUGUUUACUAUGUAUUUAUUGAGUGAGUUGGGGUGAGUGUGCGCAAGAAUGGUACUUCUCACAAUAGGUGGGGGAUGCAUCGUUCAAGAUUGCAUACAUUGAAUUAUGACAUGAUUUACGUUUUUCUCUUAUAACUACAAGAUAGGGAAGGGGCAAUCCAUGUAACAAUUUUCUUGGAAUGCAACUUUAUAGAUC